AUGCGGAUACAUCCGAAGCUGUCUGGAUUUUUCUGUAAUGACAACUCAAUCAGAUACCCCUAUUACGAAGACUCCGUAUCUGCGAAAAUUCUACUCAUCUACGCUUAUCUUCUACCAACUCUAGUGGUUGCGGUUCUUGAGUUCAUAAUAGCGCUCUACCGAAGUUAUGUGGAGAGGACAAAAGAUGCUUGGAAAACGAUGGCAGUGUGGGUCUACAACCUUGUCACAAUUUAUCUGAUUUCCCUCGGUCUGACAAGCAUCUUGACUUCAGUGUUCAAAAUCGCUGUUGGACGUCCCCGGCCACAUUUUCUCGAUGUAUGCCAACCCAACAUCACACUGGUCAAUUGUACGGGAUUCAUAAAUGAGUACAGUUGCCAGGGCACGCGUACAAGAGCACUACACGACAUGAAGGCAGUUUUGAACUACUCGUCUGCCCAUCCGAAGUCCGUAUUCGUCGGUAUUGCCUCAUCAAUGUUUAAGCGUGUAACGGCCGUGUGCACAGAAGAAGUUGAUGGGACAGCGGCCCAAAAUGAAGUGAAGAAAGAACUUCGGGGCUGUGGCUAUCCAGCUAGCUUGAUUAGGCGUCAAUUGCGAAUGGUGUUAGUACCGGUAGUGAAACCCGACAGGGACUGGAUCGGGACUGCUGUUAUUCCACCAGAGACUUCGGAGGUCAUUCGACGGAUUCUAAACACGGCUAACAUAAGAGAAGAGAAGAGAAGAGAAACAUUGCUCUUUGCACUGGUGCGAUUGAAGGAUCGCCUCACGGCUAACAGAACAAAGCACUGUCUAUAA